AUGAGCCAGUCGUUGAAAUUCGCUCCUCCAUUCCAGUCUUUUGUGGACGCUUCCUUCUUUCAAGUAUUCUCCCGUUUGAAGCUUGAUGUUUUGAGGCUCGACUCACAUGAGCUGCCGCUACACGCCAAAGUAGAUCUCGCAGGGUUGGCAAGAGGCUCUUCCAUAUCACACGUUUUCCUGGACUCCCAGAGCUUUGACGAGGCGACAGCAAGCUUACCUGGAAUUAGCCUCCGGGGGUCUUUCUUCAAUUUCAAUACCUUGGAGGAAUUCAAGCGCCUUGACAAAGGCCGGUUUCUGUCGGAGCAGGCGCAGUUGUUAUGGGAAGCUGGGGUAAACGGCUACCUAGAUGAAGCUGCCGGCUUCUUCGUAAUUUGCUUUGCUGACCUAAAGAAAUACCGAUUCUACUAUUGGUUUGCAACCCCAUGCUUUCAACCCGAAACCCUUGAACUGAAGGUUGUGAAACGUGAGGCACUCACUGAGAUCGAUAAGUUCAGUAACUUUAUCGAACAGAACAAAAUACUUUGCGGAGUACUUAAUGAGGAGACCGGCGAAGUCAUCAGAGCCUCACGCCAUGAAUUGGAACGAUACAGUACUCUAGUUGUGCGGGACACUAGCAACAUCGAGCACUGCCCGACAAGCUUGGUCAAAAACUUUGUUGCCGUGUGGCGUCACCAUAAUCCCAAUAGGAGCGAGUGUCGCGUGCUGCUCCUGAGGGAGACUUGCAGUUUCUCUUUGGAAUUGUCUGUGACAGGAGACGCGAUGAGCACAUCGCAGCUGAAGGCGAGCGGCUGGGAGCGCAACGUGCGUGGGCUACUAACGCCAAAGAUUUCGGAGUUGGGCGCUAUUAUCGACCCCACCAAACUCGCAGAACAAUCAAUUGAUCUGAAUUUGAAGCUCAUGAAGUGGCGGCUUGUCCCGGAUAUAAAUCUUGAUAUCGUCAAAAACUGUAAAGUAUUGCUGCUGGGAGCAGGCACGCUCGGAUGCUACGUCGCAAGGUCGCUUUUAGCAUGGGGGGUUCGUAAGAUUACCUUCGUCGAUAACGGCUCUGUAUCCUACUCCAAUCCUGUGCGGCAGCCGCUCUUUAACUUCACUGACUGCGGCCAACCAAAGGCCACAUCUGCCGCCGCCGCAAUGAAAGCGAUCUUCCCACUUGUCGACGCUACCGGAUUUCAGUUGGAAGUCCCCAUGAUUGGCCAUCCCCUCACCGAUGAAGCCAGACAAAAGAAGGAUUACGAGGAACUUCGCCAGCUGAUCCGCGACCACGACAUAGUGUUUUUGCUGAUGGAUUCACGCGAGACACGUUGGCUCCCGACGAUCCUCGGAAACCUCGAAUCGAAACUGGUCAUCAACGCAGCCCUGGGGUUCGACUCGUACCUGGUCAUGCGCCACGGCAACUAUGAGCAACCGGAAUCGAGCCGCCUAGGCUGCUACUUCUGCCACGACGUCGUUGCCCCCAGCGACUCACUUACUGAUCGUACUUUGGACGAAAUGUGCACUGUCACGCGGCCUGGCGUAGCUCUCAUCGCCGCCGCCUACGCUACCGAGCUCGCCGUCUCGGUCCUGCAACAUCCGCAGGGUAACAACGCUCCCGAAACCUCCGAAUCUGUCUUAGGUUCUGUACCACAUCAACUUCGCGGCUUCCUUCCCCAGCUGUCAACAGUAAAGCUUCGAACGCCCGCUUACAAGCAUUGCUCAGCCUGCAGUUCUGUCAUAGUUGAUGCCGUUCGCGAAAAUGGCUGGGAGUUUCUUCGUGAAGCACUCGUCGACCAUCGGAUCGUCGAAAGACUCAGUGGAUUGGCUCAGGUCCAACAGGAGACGGAGACUUUCCUGGCAACCAUGGAGAUCAGCGAUGAUGAUUGCUUCGAUGAAAUUAGCUAA